CCCCUUCGUUUGACUGCAUUCAAAAUGGCUGCCUUGUCAAGGGCAGGACUGAAUGUCGGUCGACAAAUCGUUUGUCGGGCAUUCUCAUCCACUCCAAAAACUCUCGGAUCUCAGUCUCACGUGGAUGAAAAAACACACACAGGACAGGUAUGGGAAAGGGGAGACUACCGGCGUGUGAGAUUUGUUGACAAGGACAAGAUGGUGAAUGAGCAGUUCGCUGUGAACCUGAUAGCGGAAGAUCCUGUAGUGGUGGUGGAGGCACGCAAUGUGUGGAGCGACAGUGGUGGAGCACUGGGACACCCCAAGGUCUACAUUAACCUGGAUAAGAAUGAAUUUGGCGUGUGCGGCUACUCGGGAAGGAAGUUUAUCCAGAAGAAGUUCUAUGAUCCGGCCAAGCAUGGUCCCAGUAUAACAUAUGCAGAGUACCUGGCACAGGUGCAGCCCAGCAGUGACUAGUGUGUGUGUGCGUGUGUGUGAGACUAUAAGGAAGCCCUCUUCCUAUCUGUGAAUAUGAUGUGUAGAUGAACAUUGAACAUUGAUGUUCUCUCCUUGUCAGGAGAAAAUAAACCAAGUGUUAAGUAUCA